AUGACGGAAAUACAGUCUCAACUAGACAAGAAAACAAUAGAACUUCUCAUUCUAAUAGAUAAAUACGAGAAUGUAGUCAAUAAUAAUUACCGAACCAAUUUCAUUAAUGGAUUCGUCAAUUUAAGUAAAGCAAAUUAUGAACAUACUGGACGAGGGUUUGAAAGACGAUAUGGUGUUGAUUCACUUGAUUUACGUCCUAGACUCGCUUGUUUGGAAGUGAAUGAAGAAUUUCAUUUAGUUGAUUUGCAACAAAAGACAAAGAAGGAAGAGAAAAGGGAGCAGAUGGAAAGCUCGUUAAAGAAUAGGAAAACGAAACAAACAAAGAGUAAACUGAGUGGAGUUGAGGAGUUUGAAGAGGAUAAGGUCAAAGAUCCCAUGCUACAAUUUGGUGGAAUUGUUCCGUAUCAAUUAAGGCAAUCACAGGCUUUCUUUAAGAAAGCAAUUGAAAAUUCCCUCGAAGUUGUCAAAUUACAACAGGAGAUUGAUACGCUAAUACAGGAAAUCGAAAAACUUAGAUAA